UUAAGAUUUCCCCAUUCCCAUUUUCUUGUGACCAGAAUGUGCAAUCCGCACUCCGACCUGCCAAAGGCAGCAAUACGCAACACAGCGUCUAGUGUGCCGAAAAUUCACACGAAGAAGAAGACGUCUGCAAUGGAGGUCCCAGGACCAGAUAGCGACUGGAGAAGCCCUGCAUUCCGACAGAAAGUUGUUGCACAAAUUGAAGAGGCGAUAAGAAAGGCUGGGACUGCACACACAAAGUCCAGCAAUGAUAUGGAGAACCAUGUUUAUGUCAAAGCCAAAUCUAGAGAAGAAUACUUGUCCCUGGUAGCCAGGUUGAUCAUUCACUUCAGAGACAUUCAUAAAAAGGCGCAAGGAGGAGGUCCAGAUCCCAUGAAUGCCCUGACAAAUCUCACAGGUGUUCCAGGGGUUCCAGGGGGCAUCGGUAUGGGGCCUCGGCCACCUGGUGCGCCCAUGGGUGGCAUGGGGCAGAUGCAAAUGGGUCAGCAUGCCAUGGCAGGAGUGGCUGGAAAUCCUCAAUCAAUAGGAGGUCCAGGGCAGAUGCAGAUGCAGCAGAUCGCCCAGCAGCAGCAGUCCAUCCAGUUCCAGCAGUUCCAGGCACAGCAGCAACAGACAGCCAUGCAACAACAACAACAGACGGCCAUGCAGCAGCAGCAGCAGACAGCAAUGCAACAACAACAGACGGCCAUACAGCAGCAGCAGUUUCAGGUCCAGCAGCAGCUGAAGCUGCAACAAUUACAGCAGCAACACCAUCAGAACCAACAGCUCCAACAGCAGCACCAAAACCAGCAGCAGCAGGCCCAAAACCAGCAACAACAGAACCAGAUGCACCCAUCAAGGCACCAGCAACAACAGCAGAUAGUUCAGUUACAACUCCAACAGCAGCAUGCACAGGCCCAAGCACAGGCCCAGGCACAGUCCAUCCAGCACAUGGUCCAGCAGCAGCAGCAACAGCAGCAGCAACAGGUUCAGUCUCAGCCCCAGCCGACCCAGCUGCCCCCCCACUCCCAGCAGCAGGGCAUGGUGCCCCAGUCUCUUGCUGGGCAGAUGGCCCCCACACAGCAUGUACCCAUCAGCUCACUCAGUCAGCAGCAACAGCAGCAGCAGCAGCUCAAGAUCCAAGCCUUGCAGGCUAGAGCGUUGCAGCAGCAGCAACAGCAGCAGCAGCAAGUCCAGCAAGCCCAGCAGGCAGCGCAGCAAGCCCAGCAGGCGGCAGCUCAGGCCCAGCUAGCGGCAGCAGUACCUGGCCAGAUGAUGAUGCCCCGCCCUGGGAUGCAAAUUCCACCCAGGUUACCCCGCGCUGCCCCGAACCCCACCAUACCUCCAAACUCUGCUGCCGUGGGAGGACAGCAAUUGCCACAGGUUGUGAUUUUGCUACACAACAUUCCUGUAGAUUGUUCUGAAACAAUUUUUUCCCACAGUAAUAACAUAUGCAUUAUGUGGAUUCCUGCUGUGAAAGUAUCUGCCUGUCCCUGUUUUCCUGUCGGCUGCUGUGCGAGCGAGCCACUCCAUCUCCCCACUGUGCGCACGGAGGAGGGAGAGAUGCGUUCUGAGAAGCACAAGUAUUUGACCGUUUCUCAAAAUGCAAUUGCGGGAAAAAUAAAGUUUUCAAAGCAACUACUGUUCCAGUUACAGAGAGGAGUGUCACAGCUUUCUGUUCAGCAGCACCAGAUGAUGUCAUCGCCCUCGCCGGUACAGGUGCUGACACCCCAGUCCAUGCCCCCCCCUCCCCAGCCACAGCCAUCGCCACAGCCCCCAUCCUCCCAGCCAAACUCAGUCAGCAGUUCUGGUCCAACACCGUCGCCGGGAGGCUUCCAGCCUAGCCCAUCCCCCCAGCCCUCACAUAGCCCAGCCACCGCACGCACCCCCCAGAACUAUGGUGUCCCUUCCCCAGGACCGCUCAACACCCCAGGGAACCCCAGUUCAGUGAUAAGUCCAGUCGGGGCCUCUCAACUGGAGGACCAACAGUACAUGGAGAAACUCAAACAGCUUUCCAAAUACAUUGAGCCACUGAGCAGGAUGAUCAACAAGAUAGACAAAAACGAAGAUAGGAAAAAGGACCUGAGUAAGAUGAAGAGCCUGCUGAACAUUCUCACUGACCCGAGCACAAGGUGUCCUCUCAGGACCUUACAGAAGUGUGAGAUAGCACUGGAGAAACUGAAGAAUGAUAUGGCUGUGCCGACGCCACCCCCUCCACCUGUGCCCUGCACCAAGCAGCAGUACCUGUGCCAGCCCCUCUUGGAUGCCGUCAUGGCAAACAUCCGCUCGCCUGUCUUCAACCAUUCCCUGUACCGUACCUUCGCCCCAGCCAUGACAGCCAUCCACGGGCCGCCCAUCACGGGCCCCACCAUCGUGGCCCGGAAGAGGAAACACGAGGAGGAUGACCGCCAGACCAUCCCCAACAUCCUGCAGGGGGAGGUGGCCCGCCUCAACGCCAAGUUCCUGGUCAACCUGGACCCCUCAUUCUGCAGUAACAACGGCACUGUGCAUCUAAUCUGUAAACUAGACGACAAGAACCUGCCAAGUGUGCCACCUCUCCAGCUCAGCAUCCCUGCAGACUACCCAGACCAAAGCCCUCAGUGGGCAGACGAUGGGCAAGUGUAUGGUGCCAACCCCUUCCUAAAGAACGUUCACAGAAACAUGACCUCCAAACUCCUACAGCUCCCAGACAAGCACUCAGUGACUGCACUGCUCAAUACCUGGGCCCAGAGUGUCAGACAAGCCUGUCUUUCUGCAGCGUAGACAAGAGGCUCACCUCACCUCUCCAUCAAACCUCUGCUGGAGACAAUAUAACUUAUCACAAAGACUGUGCAAACUGAAAGGAGUG